AGCGCUUGGGGAUGUCUCUGUGCGCAUGCGCUCUGCUCGCUGAGGGGGAUCUUUCUCUGUCUCUCUAAUGGCGCCAUGAGCUUCUUGCUGCCCAAACUAAGCAGCAAGAAGGAGGUCGACGGGGCCAUCAAGAGCGUGGCCGAGAGGGUCCUCGUCCUUCGCUUUGGCAGAGACGAAGACCUCGUCUGCAUGCAGCUGGACGACAUUCUUGCAAAAACAGCUCAUGACUUAAGUAAAAUGGCUGCAGUUUAUUUGGUGGAUGUAAGCAAAGUACCAGUGUACACGCAAUAUUUUGACAUCAGCUAUAUUCCAUCAACAGUCUUCUUUUUCAAUGGGCAACACAUGAAAGUGGAUUACGGGUAAAUUUGAAUUGUAUAUA